GUUCAGCCUCAGACUGAUAAUGAGACAGAAACAGACACAGCAAGUUCAGUUGACGCGACGAGGCAGCAGAGCUACUUUCCAUGUGUUUCUGCCUUUGUGUUAGAGACUGAGAGGAGCUGCUGGCUUUGUUCUGUAAUAAUUACAAAACUAUCUGCACUGCGUGAAGACAUGCAGCGGUCCCCGUUAAAACAGUUCUCAGUGGCUAAUUGAGUGCAAACUCGGACAUUUUCAAUGACACUUUGGAAACGCCAAUGCUGUUUACACCUGAAUGCUGUUGGACACGGGAGGUGUGUUUGAAAGGGACACUUUUGCGAAGGUAAAUACGUCCUCAGCGAUGGAGAACGUCCCCAGCUUGUGUUUAGGGUAAAAUGCCAGCAGCGUUUGCAACUUUUUACCUGCAGUGGGAAGUUUGUAGCUAAACUUUCAUCUUGCGUUUGCAUCCUCGAUUGAAAAUGUAGCCGCUUUGGCAUGAUUCAGAGGCGCAACAACAACAACCUGGCUUUCCCACUGGUUUUGUUUUGGAAACACACACUUUCCUUCCAGAGACGGACUCUCACGGAUUCACGCCUUGGCAAACUCCACUUCCCACAAAGGACGAGGAGGAUAAUGGACAUACAGCAGCUCUUCUAACUGGACUUUUCGGAGUAAUAGUAGUAAUGAUGAUGAGCAGCGGUCCAGCUAUCGUCUUUGAGUGGCUGAAAACCCUGCAGCUGACCCAGUAUGUCGAGGCGUUCGUAGAUAACGGCUACGACGACCUGGAGGUGUGUAAGCAGAUCGGAGAGCCUGACCUGGACGCCAUCGGUGUGUUUCUCCCACAUCACAGGCUCAAAGUUCUCCGAGCAGUGCAGAGACUGAGAGAGGAGGACAAGAAGCUGGCCCCUGGUCUUUACUUCACCUUAGAGCCCCUUCCAGAUGUCUCCAGUGGCUAUGACAGUAAAGCCAGUGGGUCCCAUUGGGACAGAGAAGGACUUGAGCUGUCCAAUAACAAUAAUCUGCUGCUCGGAGGCCCUCCAGAUCCAAUGUCCUACCCGAAACUCAAGCUGAAGAUCCUGAUCCGAGAUAAGCUGAUCAAGGAUGGGAUAGACCUGAGUAAACCCCCUUACUCAUUUAAGGAUGGCUCUCUGGGAAACAUUGAGGAAUUGGCUAAGGAGUACUCAGAGUAUUACAGUACCUCUUACAGUGACGUGAGUGAGAGGAUGGAGGAGCUUCGCAAGCGCAAAGUGGCUCAGGAAGCAGAAAUCGCAAAUACAGAGUCAAUGAUCACAUCACUUCAGCUGCGCUCAGAAAUCCAGGAGUCCCUGGGGUUGAGCAGCACUGUGUCCACUCCUGAGGUCGAGAGAAGGCUUUUGAUGCACAAGUCAGGCUCAGAAGAUGGAUCUGGAGGAAAAUGGGACAGAAAGAAAAACAAAUCCUUCUGGCAGAAUUUCCGCAAGACACAGAAAGGCGUUACACGCCAGACGUCAAAAGCUGAUGACCUUGGCUUUGUAGCCAGUGAGAUCACGAUGAGCGAUGAAGAACGCAUUCAGCUGAUGAUGAUGGUGAAGGAGAAGAUGAUAACUGUAGAGGAGGCCUUGGCUCGGCUGAAAGAGUACGAGGCUCAAAAUCGUCAGUCAUGUACCACAGACACAACGGAGUGGACUGAUGCUUCAAGUCCCACUACGAACGAGCUCUCGGUGAACUUUACUUCACAGGAGCAGUCAGAUGAUGAGCUGGAGGAGUCGGCGGCUUUUGGCAGGCUUCACAAGCUGGUCAACUCUACCCGCCGUGUGAAGAAGAAGCUUAUUAGAAUAGACGAGAGCAAAAAACACACAUCAAAAGACUCGUUGAGCUCUGCCUUCUCGCCUACAUGUGAGGAAAAGGCUGCUCUCUACUCAGGUGUACAGAAGCGUCUGGUCAUGUCUCAGGGUGAUGGUUUGGCCUCAGUUCUGUGUGUGGACGAAGAUUCAGACAGCCUGACCACAUCUCCGUCUUCCAGCAGCCUGGACACCUACAGUGGCCAUAAGCAGUUUAAGCCGUUUAUCAGUAGCCAGGGGCUGAGCUCCCCUCCCACAGGGCCCAAUGUGGACCCUUUGGUGAUGGACGCAGGCAGCCGCUCAUCCUUUUCUGAAGCUGAGGGCUGCUGUGAGGAAGAGCCCAGGAUAACCCGUUCUGUGACCGAUGGAGAAAUGAGACGGGCCUUGAGUCCCUUUAAAUUACAUGGGAGGGCGUGUAGCUUUGGAGGGUUUGACCUUAUGAACCAGGCUGCAUACAUGAGACACAGCUGUAACACCCCUAGUGAUAAUGGGACCAUCAGCAGGAGAGAUGCAGCGAGGUCACCAACUCCGUCCCGCAUCUCUCUUGGGAAGAAGGUGAAGUCGGUGAAGGAGACCAUGAGGAAACGCAUAUCCAAGAAAAGUAGUUCUGUCCUGUUUGAGCAGGUGAGUCCGAGCAGAGAGCCUGAGUCACUCCAGUCCCCCCACACAGACACAGACUCGCUGGAAAAACCCAAGCUCAAGUCCGGCGGUUCUGUCGAGAGUCUGAGGAGCUCACUAAGUGGACAGAGUUCAAUGAGUGGUCAGACAGUAAGCACCACAGACUCCUCAGCAAGUAACAGAGAGAGUGUGAAGUCAGAGGAUGGUGAUGACGAGGAGCUGCCUUACAGAGGGCCAUUUUGUGGCCGAGCCGUUGUACACACUGACUUUAUCCCCAGUCCCUAUGACACAGAUUCCCUCAAACUCAAGAGAGGGGACGUUAUAGACAUAAUCAGUAAGCCUCCAAUGGGUACAUGGAUGGGCCUUCUGAAUAACAAGGUGGGCACCUUUAAGUUCAUCUAUGUGGACGUGCUGAGUGAGGAAUGCGAAAAGCCCAAGUGCAGCAUCAGGAAGAGAAGGAAGAGUCGGCCUCCCAAACCCACCUCUGUGGAGGAGCUUCUAGAGCGCAUCGACCUCAAAGAGCACAUGCCCACAUUCCUAUUUAAUGGAUAUGAGGAUCUAGAAACGUUUAAGUUGCUGGAAGAAGAGGACCUGGACGAGUUGAACAUCAGAGACCCACAGCACAGAGCAGUGUUGCUGACUGCAGUGGAGCUGCUGCAGGAGUACGACAUUAACAGUGACCCCGAGAAUGGUGGCUCCUCAGUAGACCCAGAGGAGAAGGUUCAGCCAGAGAUAUCAGCUCCUUCAAGAGAUUCUCCACGUGACUCUGGUUGCUAUGAGAGCAAUGAGAAUCUGGAGAAUGGGAAAGGCAAAAAGACAUCUCAUUUAAGCAGGUCUUCAUCAGGCUUUGAGUCCAGUCACCUACCAUCUCCUGAGUAUCCCACUCCUCCUCUCAGCCAGUCCAGCAGCAGGCAGGAUCCACAGUCUCUCCUGCCACCUUUCCAGAUAACCUCCAUCAAAGCUGUUCACUUAGGGGCAAGCCGCUCCUUGCUCAGCAUAAAGCCCCUCAGUCAGAGCUAUGAUGAGCUGCCUUCCGUCCCUGUACCCCAAGGCUUGUGGAAACGUUCUCUUUCAUUGGAUUAUCGGAUCCUCCACAUGAAGGAGCCCUACAUCCCAGAAAACUUGACGCCCAUUCAAUCAGUAGAACCUGAUGCUUUGCUGCAGAGGUGUAGCGCUGCUGAGCAGAAUGAAGCUAUAAUGUGUCAGGCAUGUUCCAAUCAAGAGAAUGAAUCUGAAGAGCUAGGCACAGAAGAUGAGCUAACUUUCCCUUCUGUUGACUCCUCCACAGAUGUGGAGAGUGAUGAUGUACCUGUAGAUAGUGCUGAAACCUCUCCAUCAGAUCCUCCCUUAUACCCACCUCGCAUAAAACCACCAAUUCCUCCUAAACCUCUUCCACCGCCAUUUGUAAAUGACAAAGAGACAACAAACCCUGACAACAAACACGUGUUCCAAUCCACCUUGGUGUCACACAAAUCAGACCCUGCCUCUGGUAUUCCCAAGUCCAGCAAACCUUUUAUCCACAGACUUGGAAAGAAAGUGCAGCAUGCUCGAUCAUCUAAUCUGGAGUCACUUGUAGAGGAGAAGCUGAUUUUGGAUGGUAUAGACCUCACAGAGGAGCCCUAUUCUGACAAGCAUGGCCGUUACAGAGUCCCGUUCUCCCUCAUUCAAAGAUACUCUGAAGAUUUGGACAAGCCUUUGGGGGAUAUUGCCACAGUAAUGGAUCAGACCAGAAUCCAGCUGCUUCGCAAACAGCACCGUAUGGCAAUCCCACUGAGAGGCUUAUCAGAGAUUUGUAUAAAGCUCUAAUUCUUUGACUUUAAUGCUGGAUCCCAAGCCUUCAUGUUGUCAUCUGUUACUGGCACAGAUGCUUGAUCGAUCAACUGUCUGAUCACAUAGCAGAUCACCAGACUACAGCAGCAGUCCCAGCCAUGAAGGAUGUAAAUGUGUAUAAGGGCUGAUGCCUAAAUGUUUGAAUGAAUGAAGAAUGUUACUGACUGUCAUGAAAGAAAUCUGUACUCUUUUCAAGUGUUACUGGAGCCAAUUUAAGAUUGAACUUCUUUUCAGAAUGCAGUUUUAAUUAGAGGCGGGCAAUAUCACAAAAAAUAUACCGCAACCUGAAGACAUUUCUAUGAUAAACGUAUGUAUCAGAAUUUCCAUUUGCUGACAAACUGCCAGCAAAACAGUAGCAUUGUGUUUUAAUUAAAAACCUGUGAAAUAUUGAGCUAGGUGAUACUUUAUAUUUAUUUUCCAAAAAAAGAAGAAAUUAUUUAACACUGAAAAGAAGGAAAGAAAAAGUACAAUUUCUGUCAUUCAAUUUUAACAUUUAACUAUUUUAAAAUAUUCGGUACAAAGUUUUAACUGAGGCUGCUGCUUCUAAUCCGUUUGUAGUUUUAAAAAUAUAUAAAAGAUACUGUGAUGCCAAUAUCACUAUGAUAUCCUGACGUGGCCCAGCCCUUGUUUUAACAUUUUAAUAGGAAAAAUAGUUUUGUGAAAUCAGAUACAUGCUUUCUCUGAAUCUGUCAUUUUUCCCCCCCAUGGUUAUAUAUAAUACAAUUAAUUCAGUACUUGUAUUUAUCCAGCACCAAAUCAGCAUCUUGGAAACUUUUUAAAUCUAUAAAUCAUGCUACUUGUAAAUUAGAAUGUGAUGAAUGUGAUUUAUUGUGAAGUACGACUGCUGCCUUUCAAGUGUAAGUAUAAAAUAGGAGCUCUCUAUGAUGACUUGUGAAUUUGCAUUUGUUUUAAAAUGUGUUUAGUCUCACCUUGAAAAAUGAAGAUUGUGAUUAAAGCUACCUGAAAUCUUGGCUUUAUUAUGAAACGACUAGGUCAGUGGUUCUCAAUUCCAGUGAAGCCCUGCGCAAUUUAUUUUUUCUUAAAUAAUUCCUCUGGUUUGCUUCUUUAAGAUUCAGUUUAAGCACUUUGAAUUGAGUCCUGUAUGUAAGACCAUGAGAAGAAGAAUCCAUACAUUUUCUGUGUAUUAAAUUGAAAUUGAGGGUCACACCCUUCUUUGCUACUGAAAUUUAUAAACAAUUUUCAAAUAUAAGUAUUCAAAUAUUCCUGUUACUUGUUGUAAAAGACAAGGGUAUAUAUGUCUUUUUUUCCAUACAUGUUUGUGACUGCAUGCUGUCCAUUGUCAAUUUUUUUCCCCUAUAUAUUUUCUCAAAAACUUGUUUAUCAAAGUAAAUAUUUAUUUUUUCAUUGUUACAGGGUGUAUUCAAAGAUACUCUCUGCAUCCUGUCAUUACAUACUUUAAUUCUCUGAAA